AUGGCGCCGCGUCACUUUCGGUAUGACGCACGUGAAAACCAGGAAACAGUAAGUAAUUUUCAAACACAUGAAGACAAUUGCUUUAAGUUUGAUUCCCUAUAUAGUGGGACAUUAAAAGGACUUUAUCCACACUUCUGAAGAAGCCUCUACAGGUGAAACGCAUAAAGUGGAUUUUUAUGGGCUUUCUCAUAGAGUGUUUUUUAUUCGUUUUUAUUGAUUUUUGUGUAUAAUAAACAGUUACUAUUUUAUAUAUUUUUAUCACUCUGAGAUAUCCAUUAUUACAUUAUAUUUUUUUUCCUGGUUACCAUCUUAAUCCUUGGUGGGGAUCAUACCACCUACACCUUAUAAACUAGAGCGAGGCACGCUCUUGUAAAUGUGAGUACAAUACUUUAUAUUUAUCCAUUAUCCCAAAGAGAUUCUAGUAUCUACUGCACUAUGUGGAUUCUUCUGUCUAUUUGUGUGUUCUUUAUUUGAGACCAUCAAGACGUGGACCACCUUACAUUUAUCCUAAAACAGGGAUUAUUCCGUCUAUGCGCAAGAACAGGAGAGCUCUGUUUUUAGCUCUGUCACAUGUGAGUGUAUAUCUAUUUACUCCUUGCUCACUUACGGAAUAUUUAACAGUGUUACACUAUUAUUUGUAUAUCUCGUUUUCUUUUUUGAGGUACAUUAUUGCAAGUAUAUGACCAUAAGGACUCGAGUACGUAAAAACAUACGAACGCCUGCUUCCUUUUCAUGAACAGCUAGCGCCGUUCAGUAGUUUAAUUCCCACGAAAAAGGGGAACAAUCGCUCCUAUGAGCCAGGGGGCUCCGCUCGUGCUUUCAUUCAUUUAUUUGACUUUAUCGAAAUAGACCGACCGCACAUACUGAAUUCAUGGAACUGUUUUGAGCAGGUGCCUCGUGUGCGGUCGCUAAAAUGAGACUUCCAUACAUUUCGAAAACCCCUGAACCGAUCUGGGUGAUUUUUGAAUAUGUUGGUCACCCAGACCAGGGCUGUCAGGGGAUGUCAUUUAUGGGGAUACCAUGUGGUUUAGGGUACGUUCCAAGUUUUGGGGAAAAUAUGUUUUUUCUGCCUGGAGAUAAUUGGGUUAUCCCUUAGCUUACCUAAUUAUCUCACAGGCAGAGAGGAGGGGAUUGUAUGUUUGCAGUGGGAGUGUUUCACUUUGUCAAUGUAAUACUAUUGGUUGUAACUUUUGUGUCCUGGUGCCCAACAAGGUCCAGGUGGGAGGUACCCUUGCAUGGGGACUUGCAUAAAAGCCAGUGUGGCAUCAAUAAACCUACAUUCCUGUUGUAUCCUUCAUGAAGUCUAGUCUCAUGUUUGGGUAACUAUCUACUGGCUGGGGAGAACCGUCUUGGAAGCUGCAUUCGUCUGGAACUAUUCAUAACUGCACCCGAACUGCAGCUAUAAUCACUAUGGCUCAGUAGUUCGGGAGGAAUAGGCGAACAAGGUAACAUAACUACCAGCGUUCGUAACAACACUAUAUACAGAAUUCUACAUAGAACAGGUAGGAAAUAUAUCAUCAACCAUGGCAGGUGCAUUCUGUUUUGAGGUAUGUAGAGAGGGAUCUCUUAAAGGACUUAAAGCUUGUGGGCUUUCUUGUUUAUCAUCUUUAGAAGAAGUUUACUUCUCGGACAACAGCCCUGCAGACCAAUUUGAUGCAGUGUGCGGCGUAUGGUCUGAGCACUGACAAGCUGACCCCUCACCCCUUGAACCUCUGCAGUAAUGCUGGCAGCACUUAUAUGUCUAUUUCCCAAAGAGAACCUCUGGAUAUGAAGCUGAGCAUGCGCACUCAACUUCUUCGAACGACGAUGGUGAGGCCUAUUCUUAGUGGAACCUGUCCCGUGAAACUGCUGUAUGGUCUUGCCUACCAUGCUGCAUCUCAAUUUCAGGAUCUUGGCAAUCUUCUUAUAGCCUAGGCCAUCUUUAUGUAGAGCAACAAUUAUUUUUUUCAGAUCCUCAGAGAGUUCUUUGCCACAAGGUGCCAUGUGGAACUUCCAGUGACCAGUAUGAGAGAGGGUGAGAGCGAUAACACAACAUUUACCACAUCUGCUCCCCAUUCACAUCUGAGACCUUGUAACACUAAUAAGUCACAUGACGCUGGGGAGGGAAAAUGACUAAUUGGGCACAAUUUGGACAUUCCACUUAGGGGUAUGCUCACUUUUGUUGCCAAUGGUUUAGACAUUAAUGGAUGUGUGUUGAGUUAGUUUGAGGGGACAGCAAAUUUACACUGUUAUACAGGCUGUACACUUACUGCUUUACAUUGUAGCAGGGUGUCAUUUCUUCAGUGUUGUCACAUGAAGAUAUAAUAAAAUAUUUACAAAACUGUGAAGGGUUUUCUCACUUUUGUGAGAUACUGUAUAUACAUAUAUACACUACAUUAGAAAAUAGCAAACUUAUCUGUAGAAAAAUGGUUAGAAAGAAUGUAUAUUGUGAAACAAGAGGGUUGAGUGAAUCUCAAGGUCAUUCCCUUGCCUGAAUUGGUUAGUAUUUAAUAAGUACAAAGAUAAUAUAAUGUCUAUACUCCUUUUGUAGACAUGCCUUAAAUUCAGACUAAUGAUAACCUUGCAUGCCCUUCAGAUAUAGUUUACAGUCUGGUUCCUGUGGUGCUGUGUUAAUAGUGCAUUUCGGACCAUUAUCGACUUAGGGAGAAGGAUAAUGGUUUGAUAUUAGCGUCCUAACACAUAAAUGCCACUACUGGUUCGUACUCACAAUGUCUUAACUAACUAAAUAAGAAUUGGCAGGACAAUGGCUAGAACCUGAAAUUGAAAUGAGGAACUCAAUGAAAGUUAUUGAAUAGGGCAGCUGACUUUGUGUGAAAUGUAUUAAUUAUUUCUGAAAUUCUUAAUUGGAAAAGCAUAACCUAUACAAAUCAAGAGAAGGGCUACAGUAUACUCUCAGCCUAUCACUGGGUACCCUGUAGGAGAAAAACUAUGCACUGUUUUGCUCAAUGGGCCAGGCUGAAAGAGACAGCUAGUGUUUUUAACCUAUCACUGGCCACUGAGCUAAACCUUCUUCAUACUGCAGUGCAUAUACAAAAUAAGCUGUACAUGAAAGGCUAUCUGCAUCUGUGGCUAAUUUGCCACAUGGAGAUGUUCAUAUCUCUGUUAUAAGAAAUACAUCUGACAUUGUGAAUAGGUCUGGAUUGUGUGAGGAAGACAAUCUUCUGAAUUCACAAGAUGAGUUGCAGAUUUAUUUACAUGGUGAGCAACUGAAUGCCUGCUCUUGCCACUGAAAGAUGAGAAGUCAUUUAAGAGGCUCCACUGGGGCUAACUGAAUGAAACUGGCACUUUAAAAACUGUUCAAGAAAAUGACAGAUUCCAGACACAUAAAGUACUCCAGCAAGCUAAAGUGCUUUAUGUGUUUAGAUUGGAGGGUUGCCACCUAACUUGGAAAAAUUCAGGCUGUGCUAAUUUACAUAGUUAAUUAUAUAUGUGUGACAUCACAUUACGUGAUAUAAGAGAAAGCAUACAUUAGGAAGGGAAAAGGCCCCUAAAUCACAAAAAAAUGAAUACCAUGCUUUAUAAAUAACACCCUACAAACUCUUUUUUCACUUUAGAUCUAAGCAUGUUUCAAAUUCCUCUAUAAACAAAUUUAAAGCAAGCUUUAGCUGAACUUGUGCCAAGGUGAGUUUGCCCAGAAACAUAGAACAUGGGACAACAGACAUAGAAGACAGUGUUACCGGACUUUUGAGUGGCCAGGCAUAACAUAUAAAAGAGAGAGAUCAAAGUCAGGAUUGUAGAUAACCGGCAUAGCUAGCCGAGUCAGGAUCACAGAAAUUAGAAUAACCCACAUAUUAGCAAGGUCAGGGUUACAGAGGUACACAAAAUACAGAACCAAGCCAAGGUUAAACCAGAAAAUCAAGAAACAAGAAUAUAAAAGCACAAAUCAGGUACUAGAAAUAGAAACCAUGAUAGGGCAAUGAAAGAGGUGUAAUGUUCCUUUGUAUAUUCUUAUGUGCAAACUAAUUGGCCACGUCACUCCUGCAAUCCCCAAAAGUACGAGAAUGAGGUGGUCCCUCCAGGACUGGAAAUGAUGGUGGGAGGGGCAAAUUUUAUAAAAGAACGUGCCCUGCAAGAGGGCAGUAUCCUUUAUGCUAUCAGGAGUUGGACAGCACGAUUUGCAGAAAAAAAAUAAAAUUUUAUCACAUGACAGGAGGCUUCGUAUUUUGCAUAAUCUUUCUUUACUAUCUCCAUAGCAGCAAAGAAAUGAGUGACAAAACUUUUAACCAAUCACAACGUAGAAUAGGGUAUAAGAGGUGAGACCUAUGACAUCAUUUCCUCUUUCUUUGCUGCUCCAUCACAAGCUAAGUACCAAAUUUUGUAUUAUCUAUUCAACAUACACUUUUCAUUUACAUGACCUUUUGUUUCACUGUACCUUUAUAUAUUUACCCUAUUAAUGCUCUUAACCCCUGUAUACCAGGGGACCCUGUCUGGCUCCCUAACUGUCUUUCACGGCUUUCCCGCCGUCUGUACUUUUCCUCCAUUUUCUCUGUUUCUCUUUAACAGUUUUCUGUUCUUUCUACCGAACGCGUUAUUCGGUAGUUUUGCGCAUUCGCCUGUUUUACUCGAAUGCCCGCGCGACCGCACAUUGACUAUUCGUUUCUAACUACCGAACGCUUCGUUCGGCAGUUUGACGCGAUCGCCUUUUUAAACGUUCGCAUCUAUUUCUAUUCGCACGUUCGGCAGUUCGCAUAGAUCUUCUAUUCACGUUCGGCAGUUUUAUGCGAAUGGCAAGCUUACAGUUUGCCGCCCAAACUGGGGGAGGUACUAUUCUCCACACACUGAGCCUGUCAGUCCGGCGGCCAUCUUAAAGAGAUAGACACUGCCUGAUUUUUCUGCUCCUGCUAUUCCAACAAGCAAUUGAAAGCCUUACCCUUUUUCACUCAGUGGGACCAGGUUAGUGCCUUACACUUGGGGUUGGUUUAGCCAGUUGGUCUGCACCUUAUUCUGGCCGGGGUGAGCCCCCAUUUUACGCUGCUAAACGGUCCUGUUUAUGCAGGUUCCGAUCACCUGGGUGAGCCCCAGUGAAUCAGCCCUCUCCUCUACGACCUACCGGUCUCUAACCACAGGUUAUUUAGUCCUGAUACCAUACCACCCCGGUCCCCAGGCCUCUCCAUUAAUCGUGCCUAGUGCCCUCACGCAAUUUACCGGGUGA